GUAGAGGGUUUUUUUUUAUACCCCGUUGUGUUUAUUUCCCCAUAACUGUUGAAAUAAGAUGUAAGCAAUUCGGUUCACUGAUUAGCAAAAUGGACACUCGGGGUUAGUGAACUAAGCCCGGAGCCAAGCGCAGAGCUGACUCUCCGGUGUUUUACCUCAUUAUAGCUUAGCCGUUAGCUAGCGAACGUGGCUUAGCUUCACUAACGUUAGCCAGUUGUUUUGGUUACCGUUUGAAAAUAAACUCGCUCGCUGACCAGCCUGCUGUACACAGACUAGCUGCAUUUUAACAGACUGGACAGAAUGGAAUCUAAAUGGAGUCCCUGGAUCGGUUGAGCUUGGGUGUUCUUUUAUCCAUCAGAGUCUCAGGAUCAUUGGGCUAACUUUUUAACUGAGCUGUAUCCUCUGAAUAAGAGAGCUUCUUAAAAUCUUUGUAAAUAUUCCUCAGACACAUCUGUUCAAAUAUGUCUGGAAUAAUGCUAAACCUGGACUUUAAUGGCUCAGGCCAUGAUGGGAGACAAAUGAAACCUGCUGGAAAUGCCAAGCACAGACGUUUUGUUAAGAAAAGGCGCCACUUGGAGAGGAGAGGUCUGCUGAAUAAAAAGCAAAACACAAAUAACUUUCGCAAAGAAGGACACGGGAACAACCAAUGGCAUAAACAAAAUAAAAGAAAGGACGAUUCUCAAGCUGGUGCUGUUUUCCCCAAGUUUUCUAGCGGUCAGUGUGAACUGUCCAUGAAAUCUUCCAGUUCUGUGCAAACCGACCAUGGAAACUGUGCGGCAGAGACUGACAAGGAAUCCAUCGUGCCUUCAAGUUCAACAUCUUACAGAGAAUCCACUUCAACUCUGCAGAGAGUGGUACCGAGUCUCGGAAACCCUCAGAAAUAUAUAGCCCUUGACUGUGAGAUGGUAGGAACAGGGCCCAAAGGGCAUUGCAGUGAACUGGCCCGCUGCAGCAUAGUUACCUAUGAUGGAGAUGUGAUAUAUGACAAGUUCAUCAAGCCUGUUAAUCUGGUCACUGAUUACCGCACCCGUUGGAGUGGGAUCAGGAAGCGCGAUCUCUAUAAGGCAACACCUUUCAAACAAGCACAGAGAGAAAUUUUAAAGAUCCUCUCAGGGAAGGUGGUUGUGGGCCAUGAUGUUCAGAAUGACUUUAAGGUUUUGCACUAUUCCCAUCCUGACUGCCUUACACGAGAUACUUCACGCAUGCCAUUACUGAAUCAGAAAGCUGGACUGCCCGAGGACCGCACCGCCUCGCUGAAGAUUCUGACAAAGCUUCUCUUCAACAAGGAUAUACAGGUGGGGAAAAAGGGCCACUCAUCAGUAGAAGACGCGAAAGCCACCAUGGAGCUUUAUAAAUUGGUAGAGUUGGAGUGGGAAAGGACUGUGGCGUCUAAAUCUGGACACUAGGGGGAAAAUAUUUCUGUAUGAUGGCCAGUUUUUUUUGUUUUUUUUUAAUUCUGAAGCAAAUGUGUUUUCAAAUCAGAUCUCACUCCUUGAACCAUACCCUUUUUACAGUUACCCUCAGGCACUUCUAAUCUGUUCUGCAUUAAGUACCACAAGGGGGCUCUAGUUUCAACAGAUUUUUAAUUGUUCAUGCCAGUUUUACAAUCCUGAUUGAUAAGUCUUUGUAUAUCCUUGUUUUUAAUAUGUUUGUUUGUGCUUGUUACUCUCUGUAACAGUAAACAAUGGUCAUUUUUCAGCA